UUUUCAGGUAAAACAAAAUUAAAAUGGAGCUGGAGACUUUUAUUCUGUCGGUGAAGGACAAAGAAGGCCUCCGAGAACUCGUGGAUGUUGGAUUCGUACCCAAAGAACCGGUGUGCGUAGGAAUAAAGUCCACCGCCCAAGAGAUGGCGCCUUUUGUGGCAGAUGUGGGAAACCGAGGACUCAGAAGCGGUGCCAGUAUUGGCAUAAGGAAAAAACCCUCGGGAAGGAUCAUUGGUGUCAUGAGCAACUUCGUCGUCACACCAGGCGACAGCGAAAUCUUCCAGGAGACCAAAUACGACGAGGAAAAGAGCAACUGGUACUCAAAUGUCAUGAGGGACUUCAGCUCAGGAGUGGACGUCUUCCAAGGGAAAUUCAACAAGUGUCUUGAGUUGAUGAUCCUAUGUAUUCAUCCCGAUUACACUGGGAAAGGAUUGGCGAAGAAGCUCGUCAAACUGAGUGAGGAGAAAGGAAGAGAGAUAGGCUGUGAUGUGGCGUCCAUUCAAGCAACAAACAUCAUCACAUACCACAUCUCCAAGAAACUGGGCUUCCAAGAGGUCCACAGGCAGGAACUCGACACGCUGACAGACGAGAGGGGUUGCCCUGUUCUAGACAUGGAGUUUUUGAGGAGUAACGGGACCACAUUUAUCUCGUACCUAACCAAGGCGCUAUGAAAGGUGGAAUAUGAGGGAUAGUGAAAAGAAAGUUUUCUGUUGUUGAAUUAAGAAACGGUACACAGAAGGGUAUUCACUGCUCAAACCAAGAGAAUAA